CUCUCCUCCGUCGCGCCCUCUCGCCCGCCCCCGCGCCGCCCCCGCUACCGCCCGUGACGCUAGCGCUGCCCGUCUCCCCGCGGAGGCGGCUGGAACUAGCGGCGCCGCUCGAGCCGGUUGGGUCCGGGACGCCGAGCCUCGGCUCGAGCCGGGUGGAGCGUGGUGCGGUGUGGUCGCUGUGCCUGCGCUGUGCUGUGAGCGCGCUGGCUCCGGCUGCGCGAGACGUGAGUGACGCUACGCCCCUCUCGCCGCGCCGCGUCGCGCGCCUUGGCCCCAGAGCCGCCCGGAGGACGCGCCGGAGCGCGCGGGCGCGACCUGCUGAUUGUGUGCGUGCGUGUGUCCGAGUGCGAGUGCGUGCGUGUGUGUGUGUGUGUGUGUGCGUGCGUGCGUGCCCGUGUGUCCGUGCGUCCCCGUGGUGGUUGAGCAGGUCCGGUGACGUGUGUGCCGCGUGCUCGCCGGCGACAUGGACGGGCGCCGGAGCAGCAGCCCCUGCAGCGUGUCGGGGAGGCACACCCCCGCCCACAACAAGAACGACCCGGUCACGCCGACCUCCCCCGACGCCAUCGGGCCGACAGCCUCGUCGACGACGACCACCAGCUCGACGCCCCUCGCGGCCUCGGCCGUCGCCGUCGCCGCCGCCGGACCUUCCCCCGUCAUCGCCUCCUCCACGUCGGCGUCCCCGAUGAGUGGCGUCGUGACAGCCGGAGUCCCCGUAAACAAGAUCAUCGGGAGGAACACCAACGGCACCGUGGUCAUGACGUCCGUGCCGAGCAACGAGGCGGAGAUCCAGCUGUACCGGGUGAUGCAGCGCGCCAGCCUCCUCGCCUACUACGACACGCUGCUCGAGAUGGGCGGCGACGACGUCCGCCAGCUGUGCGAGGCGGGCGAGGAGGAGUUCCUGGAGAUCAUGGCCCUGGUGGGCAUGGCGAGCAAGCCGCUGCACGUGCGGAGGCUGCAGAAGGCGCUCCACGAGUGGUGCAGCAACCCCGCCCAGUUCCAGGUCCCGCUUGGACCCACCCCUGCAUUUCCGGUCACGGCUCCGAGGCCCAGCAUAGCACCCGUGGGAGUGGCCACCCCUGUCGGAACGCCCCUGGGAACGCCCCUCGGAACGCCCCUCGGAACGCCCCUGGGGACGCCGCUAGGGACGCCCAUAGUCGUGCCCGCCAGGAGGAGCCCCCCUCACAACCAUUCUAGUCCUGCCCCCUCCUCCUCGCCGGCGCCGUCCCUCAGGUGCACCACCCCCGCGGAGCACCUCAACAGGUCAUCCACCACGUCGCCCGUCACCAUGAGCUCCACGGUGAGCUCGCCGCCGCCCGCCUCGGCUGACCCCAUGCAGACCGCGGUUGGCAGCGUCCCGGUGGACUUCUCGACCGCCUCCACCACGACGACGACCACCACCGCCAACAACAACCUCAACCAUAACCACCACCACCAUCACCACGCCCCGCACCACGGCUACCACCACAACCACCAGUCGCCGUCCUCGCCCCCGCACCACGCGGGGCCCGGGAGGCCGCUGUCGCCGGCGCCGUCCACGACGCCCCGCCCGCUGUCGCCCAGCCUGCAGCUCACCCCCGUGCUCAUCGAGUCGCAGAUCCAGAGGCUGGCCGAGGCGGCCAGGAACCUGGCGGGGACUCUGCCGUCGUACCAGCCCCGGCCGCACAACACCAAGAAGAAGAUGUGCAAGGACCUGGAGCUCGUCAUCAACAUGUCGGACGAGGACCCCCGGAGGAUGGACGAAAUUCGGAAGUACGCCGCCAUCUACGGACGCUUCGACUGCAAGCGGAAACCGGAGAAGCCUCUCACCCUUCACGAGGUGUCGGUGAACGAGGCAGCGGCGCAGAUCUGCCGCUUCGUACCCGCGCUGCUCACCCGCAGGGACGAGCUGUUCCCGCUGGCCAGGCAGGUGGUGCGGGACUCGGGCUACCUGUACUCCAAGGGCCACACCAACCUCUCCUACUACCGGCCGCGGUGCCCCAGCAGCGACGACAUCCUGACGGCGGGCCACAAGAGGCCGAGGCUGGAGCCGAGCGGCUCCCCCUCCCCCGACUCGAGCGAGGGCGACCGGGAGAAGGGCGAGCACCGCGCCGAGCACCACCAACGCAGACAGGAGCGGCUGGAGGCCCUGUCGGAGGAGCUGCGCGCGCUCUCCGAGCGCCACGAGGACCUGAUGGCGGCCACGGGGCUGCACGACGUGGUGGCCCUGCAGCAGCUGCAGGCGGUGCGGGACGCGCUGCAGGCGCGCCAGCUCGCCCUGCAGGCCGAGCAGGCCGAGCUCAUCCGGCAGACCCUGCAGCCCAGGUCGUGGAGGCGGGCGGUGCGGGUGCGCUCGUCCUCCCUAACGAUGGACUCCGAGCGGGGAGACACUGACGACGACUCCCAGCUGUCGUUCAGCAACGCCAGCUCACCCUCACAGUUUCAGGAAGUUGGAGAUUCGCGGGACUCGGAGACUUUGGACAGAUCUGGUAGAAGUCCCUCCAAACAGGACUGCUCUUUGGAUUCCGCUCCGGUGGGCAACGGUAUAUCAUCUUUGACCAAUGGGAUCUAUAGUGAAAGCAAAAUCCAGGUGAUAGCGUCUAAGGGCUCGGACAUCAUAGCCGUUGCCAACCCCGCCCUCUCCAUGUCCUCCACGCUCAGCAGCUCGGGGGGCCCGGGGGGGCCCAGGCCGGCCCCUAGCCCGCCUCCCACGGCGGGGCACGGCCAGGGAAGUCCGCGCGCCGACCUCCUCAAGCUAGAGCCGCAGUCCCCUCCGUCCUCGCCCGGGAUUGUGCUCUGAACAAGGGAGGACGAUUUAGUUGUACUUUUAUUGGGCCGAAGGCCCUUUGUGAUAAAACCAGUGAUCCCGAAUGAGGGAAUAAAAUGUAUCUCUUUUAUGCACUGUGGAGUGCUCGUUCGCUAAAUACAUUUAAUGUAUGAUAUUUUAUGAGAGACUAGACUGCAAAGCA